AUGGAGGAAAGCACAGAGGAUGACAUCGAGUCCCUUAUCGACGCUAUGCCCUUCAUACCCGGACACUUUUCCCUGCCGCUGCACCUGAACGGCGAGCCGACCGGGCCGGGCUCCCUGCGCGGGCGGGACACCCAGCUGAAGCGCGAGAGCCUGCGGGCCGAACUGGAGGCAGAAGCAGGCAGGCAGCAGUACGCCGUGAGGAACAUGCUGGGCCUGCUCGCUUAUCACCUGGACGAGCUGGACCAUGCCGAGGAGAUCUUCAGGGGCGUCUGCCAGGAGGAUUCGGGGAACCUCAACGCCUGGGCCAACCUGGGUCACGUGUAUGAGAAGUUAGGGCAGGAGAAGGAGGAGGGCGAGUGUCUGGAGCGUGUGGCGGGUUUAAUGGACACGGAGACGGGCGAGGGCAGGCUCAGGGGGGCGUGGUGCCUGGUGGAACAGGCGUUCGCCCAGCUUCAUGAUAUAGAGAUAGAAAAAGAUGAAGACCUGCAGGAGAGGCUGACCACCGCGCUUACUCUGUACAGCCGGGCUCUCCAACACGGAGGAGAUCUGAUCCCAAAUGAAGAAAAGGGGAGCUGGUACUUCAAAAUGGCAACAAUACACAUAAGAUUAUACGGUAUGGUGAGCGAUUCGAAAGAUCUGGAGUACGCCGGGGUCACCCACUUUAACAAAGGCCUUUCACUGCUGACAGAGACUCUGAAAUCAGACUCGACACGCCUUAAAGCGCUGGCCUGGUGUUACACUGGACUCAUGCUGGAGAGGGUCGAGGACUUCCCCACCGUUCCCAUGUCGGUCCACGACUGCGGCCUGUCCGGAUCGGAGCCUCUGACCUGCUACGGGACGGGUAUCAAGCUGGCCACAGAUGACGCGUUCACUCUGAACCAGCUGGCCAACGUGUUCUUUCGCUCGGGCAAGUAUGAGAUGGCGACGGGCAUCUGUAACAUGUCUCUGAACGUCCUGCCUGAUGAAGAACUCAACUGGCAGGCCUACAGCACCCGGGCAAAGCUUAAGGUCACCGGCUAUGUGAACGCUUUGGCGCAGGCUAAGCAGGGACUGCGUGGGAUCCCUGACCGACAGGACCUGAAGGAAGCCCGCGCCGAUCUCGAAAAAGUGCUGAGUGUUCAGCCCUGCCUCAGGACUCAUCUGGAGAUGGGACAGGUCUUUUACUAUAUGGGAGUGGACGCCGUGCAGGAAAGUCUAAUGGUGGACGAGAAGGCGGUAAACCAGGCUCUGGUCAGCCUGGCACAGGCCCUGCAGUGCCCGCUGGGCUCCAGUUUCCCCGAAGUCCAGAUACUGCGUGGACGAUGCCUGCUGCUCAAAGGAGAGGACCAGAACGCCAUCGACUGCUUCAGACAGGCGCUGGAACUGGAGCGACCGGGCAGCCACGAGCGUGGGGCGCUGCACUUCCUGCUGGACGCUCUGCUCACCAGUUACGCCCAGAGCACCGGGGACGUCGGCGACCUCCUAUCCCAGUUCGAGGAGUGCGUAAAGCUGGCCGAGAAGAGCCACGGCACCGAGACGAUUAAAGCCGAGCUGAGGCUGCUGUGCCGGGCGAGGACAGAUGAGGUGGCAGAGCUGUCGAGGGACCUGGUGAGGAAGGGGAAGCUGGGGAUGGUGAGGAGGCUCCUGCAGAGCGUUCAGCCUAAAGGGAAACUACCCGUGUUCAGAUCUCUGUCGGUGUGAACGUGACGACAACCGGAACCCUCCAAGAGUGACUUUUAAUAAUUAAACGUGUGGUUGGUAAAUGGACGAUCGGCUCGCCCUGGGGGUCCAGACCUUCCUUGCUGGGCCAUGAUGGGCCACAGACUCGUGCACUAAAAUAAACAAAUAAUAAACCUAAUCGAUUACGUACAUAAACGAUACGUCCUUUUAUUUGAAUGAGAUUAUUACACUCCGUCUUAAAGCAACCGUUUCCUGAAUUUCCAAAUGAAACACACCCACUUCCCCUCUGAAAUCAGCCAGCCACCAUGAAGUUUAGGAACAUCACUGCAGGCGUAACGUCGUUACCGUUUUAGUUUAAGAGAAAAGGAGAUGUGAAGUGUUUUGGACUGAUUAUG